GCAGCAGCUCCGCACAGUCUUUAGUGGACAGCUUCGUGGUGCUGAAACCUCUCUCUAACACCCGUCAGCUUUCAUUUCAGAGCAGGACCAUGGAGGGAUUGUCGUGGAAACUUUUUCUCCUCUCCUGUCUGUUUGCUGCAGAGGGGUCAGCGCAGGACUUUGGACAGACGCAGUUUAUUUGCACGUCAGUUCCCAAAGACGUGGACUUGUGCACCGCGGCGAUGCAGAACAGCGGACCGGCGGAAGACCUGAAGACCACGAUCUUUCAGCUGCGGGAGACCGUGCUGCAGCAGAAGGAGACCAUCGUGAACCAGAAGGAGACAAUCAGGGAGCUAACGUCCAAGCUGAGCCGCUGCGAGAGUCAAAGCCUUCCGGCGGCGGUGGGACCUGGGGGGAGGCGGCCGGGGGGCAAGAACACCAUGGGGGAUGUAUCCCGGGGCACCGCAGACACUCUGGCGCAGCUGGGACAGACUUUACAGACGCUCAAACAGAGACUGGAAAAUCUGGAGCAGUACAGCCGGGGAAAUAACAGCGCGCAGGCGAACAGCAUGAAGGAUCUGCUGCAGAACAAGAUAGAUGAUAUGGAGAAACAGGUUUUAUCUCGGGUCAGCACGCUAGAGGAAAGCAAACCGGGACAGGGGAAUGAGACUGACCAAAGGAACAGAGUGGAGUCCACGCUCACCUCACUGCACCACCGGAUCUCCGACCUGGAGAAAGGCAAAGAGACCAGGCCAGCAGACAGGUUCCAGCUCACCUUUCCCUUAAGAACCAACUACAUGUAUGCCAAAGCCAAGAGGAGUCUUCCUGAAAUGUAUUCCUUCAGUGUGUGUCUGUGGAUCAAAUCUAAUGCCUCACCUGGGGUGGGGACGCCCUUUUCCUAUGCCGUUCCGGGCCAAGCUAACGAGCUUGUGCUGAUCGAGUGGGGUAACAACCCCAUGGAGCUCCUCAUCAAUGACAAGGUUACAAAGCUGCCGUUCCUCAUCAAUGAUGGAAAAUGGCAUCACCUCUGCAUCACAUGGACUACUCGUGACGGGAUGUGGGAGGCCUUCCAGGAUGGAGUGAAGCGGGGCAAUGGAGAGAAUCUGGCACCAUACCACCCUAUCAAACCAGAUGGAGUGUUGGUUCUGGGACAAGAACAGGACACGUUAGGUGGAGGCUUUGAUGCAACGCAGGCCUAUGUUGGUGAACUUGCACACUUACACAUCUGGAACAGGAAACUCUCAGUCACUGAAAUCUCCAACUUGGCGACCUGCAACAGCAAAGCUCCUAUCGGUAACGUCUUCUACUGGACAGAGAGCAACAUUGAAAUAUUUGGCGGAGCCACCAAAUGGACCUUCGAGCCGUGCAGCUCAGUCAACUGAGCCGCAUCUCCUCAUUACAGAAAAAAAAGGCCUCCGUGUAUUUCUGAGCUUUUGUCGUUCCUGUCCUGAUUUGACCUUUGUUUAGAGAGUUAAUUGGUAAGCUUAAAUUUGGGAUUUAUGUCAAUCUUAGGUAUUCCUGUGCAAAAACAACACCUCUCAACUUGAAAAGGGGGAGAAAAAAAAAAGUCAUUCAUUUUGGAAGCCUCUGUGAGAAAUAUUGGUCUCUGCUGUUUUUUUUUUUUUUUUUUUCUUUCUUGGAUGUUCAGUUGAAAGCACACCUAAGCUUUUCGUUCUGGCUUAUUUUUGUCUUGGACUGACAGCUGGCAAUCUGCGCCUUAUGUUUCGACGUUUCACAAUCCAAGUGAGGAAUUUCACAACCUGUCCAAUCUUCCCCCCUCCCUCCCUGUUUCUUUGAAGAGUGGGAGAUUACGUUGUCCGUCCAAGUUUUGUCAGUGUUUGGCGCUGUGAAGUGAUGUCCGAUUCGGUACAGCUCCUAAUGAUGCCCAGCCUCCACCUCGACCCUCCAUCGCUUUAACCUCCCACCCCACCACCCCCCAUCCCUUACAACCCACCCCACCCUCCGGAACUCGCACUGUGACUGAGAAAAAAGAUACUGCAAAGGAUGAAGGACAUUGCAAAAAGUUAGAUCGUGGGUAAAAGUCGAUUUGUAAACAUUGUCCGCUUUGAGUUUUUUCCUGUAAGAAUGUCGUGAACUUGCCAACAUUGCUACGAAGCCUGGGUGCCUUGGGCUGUUACGAAUAUUCAGCACACUUGGUAUGUUUUCAGUUGCAAAUUUAGUGUUUACUAGUUUGUGUUUUUCCUUUCAUUUCCUUAGUUUUUUGAGCUGGGUUAAGUUUUUUGUUCUUCUCUCUCGUUGGUAAAUGUGAUUUAAUUUACAGUUUGUUAUCUGACAUGAUGUGUUUUGGCAGGUGUUUGUACUACUCUGUAUUAGGAAUGUUACAGUGUCUGUAUAGUAACAGCAUGACUGACAGAGUGCUGUGAAAGCAUUGUUGAAAUCUGCUUUACUAUCCUCUCUGGGUCUGGGUUUUUUACUGUAUUGUUAUAUGCUCCAAGCAUGGCAAAACUGACAGAUGAAGAAUUUAAUUUUUGUAAUAAAAUUGUGAUACUAAAUGUCAUAAAGUAUCCCUGGCUUUAUGUGCAUGGAAGAAAAACGAGGCAUUUCCUCCGCAUCAGGUAGUAAAGGGGGAGAGGUGGUAACUCCAAAAGUAGAGAGGGAUUUAUAGAUGGUUAUUAGUGUAGCAGUAGUGUCUCUUGUAAAGGUGAAUACAUAAGCUCUGUUGUUGCUGCUGUAAGGGAUGAUGCCCGCACUAGAGUCAGGGAGGCAGCCAGAAGGGAAAAGUGCUGAAUCAUAUCAGUCUUUCAUCAUGGUAUUGCAGCCAAAACUAGAACUGUUCACACUUAUUGGUAGAAUUUUAACCUUACACUACAUGUUGCCAAACUAGUGUAUUUACAAGCCAAGCAACAUUUUCAAAAUUUUAUUUUUCCAGUUUAUAGAAAUAAAAUUUUCAUUUCAUACAGUGCCUUGCUAUAUUAUGCUUACCCCUUGAAUUUUAAAAUCCAAAUGGGUUAUAUUUGGAUUUACUGUGAUAAAACAACACAAACUUUUAAAUUUGAAGAAAGUUAUACAUUUUCUGGGUUUGUUUCAUUUUACAAAUAAAAAUCUGGAAAGUGUGGUGUGCAGUUGUAUUCAACCCCCUUGGGUUGACUCUUUAUAGAACCAGUUUUCAUUGCAAGUGCAGCCGGAGGUCUUUAGGGAUGGGACUCUCUCAGCUUUGCACUUCUAGAGAUCAUUUACUGAUUCUUCCUUGUAAAUCAGCUCAAGACCAGUCAGACUGGAUGAAGAGCUUCUGGAAGGACAUCAUUUUCAAGCUCCACCAGAGAUUCUCCCUUGGAUUUAGGUCCAGACUUUGACUAGGCCAUUCUAACACAUGCAUAUGCUUUGAUCUGAGCCAUUCAAAUGUAGCUCUGGAUGAAUGUUUAGGACUGUUGUCAUCAGGGAAAGUUUACCUCACUCAAAAUCUCUAGCCUUCUGAGGCAUUUAACAGUUUUUUUUCCAGGUGGCCCUGAAUUAGCUUCAUGCAUGUUCCCAUCAACUCAGACCAGCUUCCCUAUUCCUGCUAAAGAAUAAGAAGAACAACAGCAUGGUGCUUCCACCAUCAAGAUUCUUUGUGGAGAUGAUGUGUUCAGGGUCAUGUGCAGUGUUAAUUUUCCUCAGCACUUAGCAUUUUGUAUGUAGACCAAAAGGAAUAAUUUUGGACUCAUCCGAGCAGAACACAAUCUACCACAUACUGUAUUUGUCAUGGCUUCUGCAUGGCUAGUUACAAACUCCAAAUGGGACUCAAGACCUAAUGCGUUGUUUAGGGUGCGCUACGUGUUUUAGCGGUAGAGCGCAUGCAUCAAAUACUAAGAGUCCCCAAGGCAGCAGUCUGGGGUUCAAUUCCCGAAUCUGGGACCUCUGCUGCAUGUUGUUCUCCCUUCUUUCUCUGGCUAUUUCUUGUUUAUAUACUGUGAAAUAAAGGUCACCAAUGCAAUAAAAAUGAGAUAAAAUGA